AUGAGCUCACCUCCAGCCGAUCUUGUUAUCGAAGUCGUCUCCAAACCAGCGUCGUCGGGCGUCACCUCGGCUGCUGGCGACAAGAUCCAGGUUCACUAUACCGGCAAAUUGUUCAGUAACGGAAGCAAAUUCGACUCGUCUGUUGAUCGAGGAAAGCCAUUGGCAAUUACGCUCGGUGUCGGACAAGUCAUCAAGGGUUGGGAUGAGGGUCUCGUUGGGAUGGUCAUUGGAGAAAAGCGCAAGCUGACUAUUCCUGCCCAUAAAGCCUACGGAGAUCGUGGCUUCACCAACCUCAUCCCCCCAAACUCGUGCCUCGUCUUUGACGUCGAGAUGGUCGACAUUCAAAAGGCCUAG